CGUUAUCAGCACGAUCACUCUGCAAUUCGGUAAAAUUUAUUUGUAUCAUUUAUACCCUGUUAUAAUGGUCGGUAUACCGCCUCUACUAUUAUUUAUAUCAUGUUAUAAUGGCCGGAAUACCGCCUAUAUUAUUUACUAGUAAUCCAACGGGUAUUUGCUAAAGGGUUGACACCCCUUAGACCAGGAUUAACCGUGGUUCUUAAGGAGGUUCUUAGCAUAUAAUUGUAAUUAAAGUAAAUGAAAAAUAGAAAAUACCUUAAGAGCUGGUUCUUAAUUAAGGGGAGGAAGAAGCGGAUCUUGGGCACACGUGUUAGAAGAAGAAGAGUUUGGUUUUCUCUUUCUCUCUCCUGAAGGAUGAGUUCUACGAUUGAGUCUCAUUCCAUCUCUUCCUCAGUUGAUCUCUCCUCGAUUCACCACUCCAACAAGAGAAAUGGGAACGUCGGCGUAACUGUUCCGGUGCCAUGGCUUUCAUUUGGUGCGUACGCAGGUCAGCUUCUAGGUUAGCUUCCGUGUAUGGUAAUCAGAUGGUUCGAAUCCGAUCCAUCUCCUCUGUUGUUAACCGUCCGUCUCUAGCUUGCAACCCAUCUCUGUUUAGUCCUUUUGCCCUUUACUCGACGGCUAUUGAUCGGAUGAGCUCCGAGCAAUCGCUUCUCCGCGUGAUUGACUCCGAGAUCAACACUGCUCUCCAAAUCGAUGAUCCUGAUUUGUGGAUCUCCAGCGAAAGUGGUGGUGGAAUUGUCUAAGCAAGAGCUUGUUCAAGCAGCUAUUCUGCUUCAUCCUUCUUUUAUUACGGUCAAUAAUAUCAAGGGUGGGAAGGUGCCAAUUGCUAUACUAGGAGCUGAGAUUGAUCGGUUGUCCCCACCAGCACUCUUGAAACAAUUUGAGGAGAUUCUUGCUUCCAAACCCGAGGUAAAGCCUCUGCUUCUUCUGUAACUCAACAAGUUUCAUCUCUUUGAAACUGUAGAAGUUAAAGUAAUUGACUUGUAAAACGGGAAUGUGUAGGACAAGAAUAGACUAUUUGCAUGGGACAAGUGAAUCUGAGCAUACUAGCAAACUCUAGUCUGGGUGAUCAUAAAAUAUUUAUGUUUAAUAAAAAUUUUUUUUUUUUUAAGAACCCUUAAUUUAAGAACCUACCAUUGGAGCAAUUAAACUAAAUGUUUCUUAACAAAAGUUCUUAAUCUAUAUUUAUUACUAAAAUACUCAUUAAGAACUCCAAAUGGGGUUCUAUGGUUAAUCAUGGUCUUAACCCUCCAUUUAACAUUUUUGUUGUGAAUUUUUUUUAAAAAGAAAAUUAUGACACAUGUUAAUAUAACUGUUGGGUCCGCCACUGUGGAGGGGCUGCGUAGGCGUUGGUUAUUCGAAGUGAGCUCAUAUAUAACUAGAACAGUCGCAUAUUCUUUCAUUAUUUGUAAAUUCCUAAGCUAAAAUACACAUUCCCUGUCUUGUAAAUUUUCUAUUCUGAUCAAUAAAUUUAAUAUUCAAUAAAAAAAAAGAGAGAAGAUUAUUGUUAUAAAAUCGUAGGAAGCUAAAAUCAAGUAUUCCUACGGGAGGAUAACCAAUUGCAGAAACAUAUAAUUUAACUACAACUAUCCAUUAAAAAGUGAAGCAAAGUAUUGCAAGAAAAUCUAAAGGAGUUUUUUUAAGAAGUGAGUGGAAUAUUCUUUAAAUUUUAGCGUAUAAUUUAUGUUGGUACUUGAUACCUAAAACCACAUUGAAAACUUGUGGUAACUGGUAAGCCAACAUUGGCCACCACUUCAUCAUAGUCAUCUUCCAUUUCUCCACCUUAUUUCCUUAUUUGUGGCUUGUUUUAUUUUUAACAUUGAUCAAAGUUUAUAGUAUACAUCGACAUAUUUGACCUAACCAUUUCAACUACAUUAAGGUUAUGCUGACAAUUUCAUGUUGAACCCUAAUCACUUACGUUUAGUAAGCCUAAUCAUACUAAUUGCAUGGUCCUAGUUCAUCCAUAACGAUAUCCAAUAUAUUGGUCAAGAAGCUACCAGACCAAGAUUGGGUUGUGUGUAAAUGAGAGUUAUCAACAAAAAGAGGUAACAGUUGAG